CAAUUCUGCAAAUACAGUGCACCUUUUCCAUUACCGUCCAUUCUCUCCGGUCUAGUUUCUUCUGGUCAUUGAAGAAAGUGUUUCAGAGCUUAGGGUUUGGACUGAAAAAAUGGUGGCCGAUGAAGGAGUGAAGGACAAGACAGUUGUGGACUCUCCUGUUUCUGUCCUCGAAGAUGAUGAUACCUGCAAAGAGGAGUUGGCUGUCAAGUUGGAGGAAGAAGUAUUUUUUGACCCAGAAAAUGGGGAUGCCACUUAUAUACCUGGAAGCAUGGCCAAGGAGGAAGAAAUGUUGAUAAGAGCACGGGCAAAGGAGGAAGAGGAACAGCUAAAUAAACUGAAGGAAGCGCCCAUCUUGAAUGACACUCAAUUUACCAAGCUGGAUGAACUUCUUACCCAGACACAGCUUUACUCUGAGUUUCUACUGGAGAAGAUGGAUAACAUCACAACAACGAAUGUGAUAGAAGAUGAAGAGAAAAGCAGUAAAGAAAACAAGAAAGGCCGUGGCUCAAAACGGAAGGCAACCACAAGCUACAACAAUAACAAAGCCAAAAGAGCUGUUGCUGCCAUGCUUACUAGAUCUAAAGAAGAUGUUCCUAUAGAAGAUGCAACCCUUACAGAGGAAGAGAGAUUCGAGAAAGAGCAGGCAGAACUUGUGCCCUUGCUGACUGGUGGGAAGUUGAAAUCUUAUCAACUGAAAGGUGUCAAGUGGUUGAUUUCAUUAUGGCAAAAUGGAUUGAAUGGUAUUCUAGCAGAUCAAAUGGGACUUGGAAAGACAAUUCAAACAAUAGCUUUUCUUGCUCAUUUGAAGGGGAAUGGGUUGGAUGGUCCCUAUUUGAUCAUUGCUCCCCUGUCUACACUUUCAAAUUGGUUGAAUGAGAUGGAAAGGUUUGUGCCCUCAAUCAAUGCAAUCAUCUAUCACGGUGACAAGAAACAGAGGGAUGAGAUAAGGAUGAAGCACAUGCCUAGGACCAUAGGUCCCAAAUUUCCCUUUGUAAUUACGUCUUAUGAAAUUGCAAUGAGUGACGCUAGGAAAUUCCUAAGGCACUACAGUUGGAAAUAUCUUGUGGUGGAUGAGGGACAUAGGCUAAAGAACUCAAAAUGCAAACUGUUCAAAGAAUUGAAGCUGUUGCCGAUUGAAAACAAGCUUCUAUUAACUGGAACCCCUCUGCAGAAUAACUUAGCUGAGCUGUGGUCCUUGUUAAACUUCAUUUUACCGGAUAUAUUCUCAUCCCAUGAUGAAUUUGAGUCAUGGUUUGAUCUGUCUGGCAAGUUCAGCAAUGAAUCUGAAAAAGAAGAGAUGGAAGAAAGAAGGAGAGCGCAAGUGGUGGCAAAACUCCAUGCAAUAUUACGCCCUUUUCUCCUAAGGAGGCUGAAAGUGGAUGUUGAGCAAAUGCUUCCUCGUAAGAAGGAGAUAAUUUUGUAUGCCACCCUGACUGAUUACCAGAAAAAGUUCCAGGAACACCUAAUUAAUAGGACGCUGGAGGGCUAUUUGAUUGAGAAUGUGUCCACUGGGAAUGGAUUUAAAGGAAGGCUUAAUAACUUAAUGAUUCAACUUCGCAAGAAUUGCAACCAUCCUGACCUCUUGGAGUCUAUCUUCAACGGCUCUAAUUUUUUUCCACCUGUGGAACAAAUAGUUGAGCAAUGUGGCAAGUUUCGCUUGCUGGACAGGCUGUUAUCAAAGCUUUUUGCUCGCGAACACAAGGUUUUGAUAUUCUCUCAGUGGACUAGAGUACUAGACAUAAUGGACUAUUAUUUUAGUGAAAGGGGAUUUGAUGUUUGUAGAAUUGAUGGCAGCGUGAAAUUGGAUGAAAGAAAAAGACAGAUCAAGGAGUUCAAUGAUGUUUGCAGCAAGUACAGGAUAUUUCUUCUUAGCACUAGAGCUGGUGGCCUUGGUAUCAAUCUCACUGCUGCUGAUACCUGUAUUUUAUAUGACAGUGACUGGAAUCCUCAAAUGGAUCUACAAGCAAUGGAUCGGUGUCAUAGAAUUGGUCAGACUAAACCUGUUCAUGUUUACCGGCUUUCAACAGCUUUGUCUGUGGAGGGUCGAAUCCUCAAAAGAGCUUUUAGCAAGUUGAAGCUUGAGCAUGUGGUUAUCGGAAAAGGACAAUUCAAGCAGGAAAGGAGUAAACCUUCCAUGGAUGUUAAGGAUGUUACAGAGGAGGAGGAGUUGUUGUCUCUCUUGAAAGAUCAAGAUAGUGAGGAGGACAAGUUGGUGCAGACAGAUGUCAGUGAUGAAGAUCUGGAGAGGAUUUUAGACCGUAGUGAUCUACUUAUCCAUCCUCCUUCAGGAGAAGAUGGAAACACUGAAUCGUGUGUUAAUGUCCUGCCUCUCAAAGGACCUGGUUGGGAAGUAGUUAUUCCAACUGCAACUGGAGGAAUGCUUUCUACCCUCAACAGCUGAUGACAAAUAUGUUUUAGAACUUGUCAGUCAAUAGCUGAUUAGGUGGACUUCUGUUAAAUUAUUGAAUUAAGUUUUGGUAACCCCAGCAAAAUUUUAUAAAUUUGGGCUGCUGACGUGGGUGGACUUGUUCUGAAGUAUUGAAUGACGUUUUCGGUAACAGCAGCAAUUUUGUGAAGUUGUGCUAAUGAAGUGGGUGAAGAACGGGAGAAGGCUAUAAGGAUAUUAGCUCUUUCUGGAAAAGUUUUGAGAUAUCGACUGGAGAAGCUAUUUGAUGGUACUGAUCAUGUAAUGCUAUACUGAGUAAAUUAUUUUGGAAUUAUUAUUUACUAUUUAGGUUUCACACUAAACUAGAAGUUCAGUGGUUUUAAUGA